AUGGCUCUUCAAUUCUCCCUGUCUCAGGCUUCUCUAGCAGCAGCCAUACUCGGUUCAACUUACGGAACCUACCUGGCUCUAUCUCCUCCCAAUCCCAGCGAACAUUCAGCGCCAUCAACAGGCGACUCAGUUCGAUGGUUAUUCUUGACGAGGAAACACACUACAAAGGUCGUCCUAGCCCCUCUUGGGCUUCUAUCGUUGCACACUGCUAGCCUAGCUCUCCGCUACCCCAAUAUCCCUCCAUCUCUUGUUCAUCAUGGAAUUGAUAACGGGCUCAAUCCAGACAUGAUUACAUGGUCUGCUGCAACUGCAAUCCCUCUGGCUCUGAUUCUCUGUGCCGGUGUUCCUCUGCGUUUGGUACCGUAUGCAUCACUGGGCAAAAACUUCACAUUUGCUCUAAAAGAGCCAGAUCGGUUGAAAACCACCGGUAUUUAUCAAUAUCUUCAACAUCCAAGUUACACUGGACUUGCUAUCCUCAUGAUAGCCAACGUGGCGCUGCUUGGUAGACUGGAUGGUGCUCUGAGCUGUUGGAUUCCUCCAAGUGUCUAUGAGACUUUCUGUUCCUGGGCCAUAAGAUUCCUUCCUUUCACUAUAUCAGGUAUCACGUUUGGAAUAUGGACCAGGGUUUCCGAAGAGGAGAAGAUGCUCAAGAGGGCUUUUGGAAAAGAAUGGGAGAGUUGGCAUGCAAAAACAGCUCGCUUUAUUCCUUUUAUUCUUUAG